UGUUGGGUGAUUACGUGUAGCCUAAGAUCCUGGUGUAGCUCACCAACUAGCAGCAGCUAGCUUGUCAGACAGAGGAGAUAGUACCAGCGAGUACAUAUCUAUUGACACAACAGUAGCUAUUCUCUGAGUGUAACGUAUACAGGGAAAAAGACGAACGUACAGUCAUUGAACAUUUGAAAACGCCACGGACUGAUACUUUAUCGAAGUUAAUAUGCUGUAGCAGAAUGGAAUUACCAGUACAAGCUUGUUUUGAGUGGUACUGUAUAAGGACGCGGCACUGUUUCGGCCAUCAAAACAAGGAGCCAUAAACUCCAUGCAUCUUGUGAAGUCCCUCUCCAGAAACUGUAAAUUGCACUCAAAACGAGACACUUAAAGGACAAACAUGUUUGCCAAGUUGAAAAAGAAGAUUGCAGAGGAAGCGGCCACAGCACCUCGGAGUGGUGUUCGUAUACCGCGCACCAUCAGCAAGGAAUCCAUCACCUCCGUGGGGGCAGACUCUGGGGAUGACUUUGCAUCUGAUGGCAGCAGCUCCAGGGACGACUUGCCUGCACAGCUUCUCCGGAGGAAUGAUCAGAUCCGGAAGCUGGAGGCCAAGCUAUCAGACUACGCUGAGCAGCUACGAAUUAUGCAGAAGACCAAGGACAAGCUUGAAAUUGCAUUAGAAAAGCAUCAGGAUUUAUCCAUAAAGAAACUUCAAGACCAGAACGAGUCUCACCAGGCCGGCAGAGCCAAAAUGGCAGAGGGGAUGGCUUUAGCACUGGAAAAGAAGGAUCAGGAAUGGAUGGAGAAGAUGGCUGAUAUGGAAAAGGACAAAGCUGUCCUGUCAGCCCGGAUAGAGGAGAUGAUGGAGCAAAGCUUAGCACUCUUCCAAAAAAGGGAUGACCUGGAUGAACUGGAGGGCUUUCAGCAGCAGGAGCUCGCUAAAGUUAAACACAUGUUGCUGAAGAAGGAGGAGCAGCUGAGCCAGCGGGAUCAGGAGCUCCAGCAAAAGGAGGCUGAAGUUCAGUCAGCAAAGCAAGGGCUGUCUGAGGCUCGAAGGAAACUCCAGGCUCUGGAACAGCAGCAUGAGGAGAGCUGCAGACUCAACUCGGAGUUCGAAAUAGAGCGAGAGGAACUGCUGCUGCUCAGAGAGGAGGCGGACAAGAAGAUCAGUGAGCUGGAGGGAGGAUGCCAGGAGCUGCAGUCAGUCAUCCAGCAGGUCUCUGAAGACUUCCAGAAGUCACAGAAUAUGGUGUCGACUUUAGAAAGGUCCCUCCAAGAAUUACAGACUGAGCAUGAUGCCCUGAAGUUGCAACAACAAAAGGCUGCUGUAACGGAGGAGGACAAGGAGCGCUUGUUAGUGGACCUUCAGAAGAAAGUGACGUCUCUGGAGAGACGGCUGCAUGGGAACCUCAGCCAGGACGAGCAUCUCCAGGAGCUUCUCCAGGAGAAGUCCAGCCUGGAGCAAAGUCUGGAAGAGACCAGAGCAGAGCUGCUGCUGGUUCGGACCAACCAUGCUGAUACUGUCAGCUCUCUGGAGACGCAGGUAUCCAGAAUGAGCUGCAGCAUUACUGAGCUGCAGACCCUUCUCCGACACAAAGACGACUCCUCCAGAGCCUACAGAGAGAGAACAGACACACAAAUAGCUAAUUUGGAGCAGAAAGUCCAGGAGAGCAGUGAGAGACUGAAGAGUGCAGAGCAUCAGAUCACAGAGAAACAGCAGCACAUGGAUAAACAGCUAGGAGAGUGGAGUGCAGAGAAGGCCUUUCUGGAUCAACAGGUCUGUUUGUUACAGCAGCAGAGUGAGGAGAAGACCAGCCGCCUGGAGGAAAGCAUCACCUCUUUACAGACAGAAAGACAGGUGUUGCAUGACAGAAUGGCUGAUCUGGACAAGCAGAGGGACGAAGCAAACGCCACUCUGAGCCAGCGGACAGAGGAGCUAGAACAGUGCAGCGCGGAGCUGAACAGUCAGCAGACAGUGAGCACAGAAAUUGCCAAAGCUCUCGAAGAAACCAGACGACAGAAGGAGGAGCUGCAAACACAGGUUGGAGAGCUGACCCCAUCUCUACAGACCUCACAGCAGGAACUGUCCGCUGUCACUGAGAAGCUAGCACUGAGAGAGGAAGACAUCAGAACACUCGAGAAUGAGGUGCAGUGUCGGCAGGCAUCACUGGUCCAGCUACAGCAGGAUGUAGAGCAGCAGCGAGCCCAGCUAGAGCAGAUGGAGCUGGACAAAGACUCCCAGCUGAUCAGCCUGAGGGAGGAGCUGCUCAGCCAGACACAGCAGCUAGAUAGCUGCCAGGCGCGGAUCUCAUACCUGGAGGUUGAGGUAGAAACCUUGACAGAACAGCUUCACAGCCGUGAAGUGUGUGAGGAGGAUCAUAACGGUAGUGUGACGGUGGAUGAUCUGGAUCACAUUCAGAAGGUCAACAGAGAGCUAGAGCAGCAGCUCACCGACAAGAACAGGAGCAUCAAGCAGCUGCAGCAGAGACUGGCAGAGCUGAAGAGGACGCUGCAGAAGGAACUGAAGUUAAAGCCUGAGCCAGAAGCUGAAGGGAAAGAGAAAUUUCCAGAAAACCGAGCAGAAAAACAAGAGAGAGUUUGUCCAGACCCGCUGCCAGCAUCGAUGCAGAGCCCCCCGACCUCCAAUACCACAGUGACCAACACCUCAGACCUCAACGACUCGCGAGAAAUCAAUUUUGAAUAUCUCAAACAUGUCGUACUCAAAUUUAUGUCAUCCAGAGAGGCUGAGGCAUUCCAGCUAAUACGAGCUGUUUCUGUGCUGCUGAACUUCACUCGUGAGGAAGAGGACAUGUUGAAACAAACUCUUGAGUACAAGAUGUCCUGGUUUGGAUCCAAGCCUUCUCCAAAGGGUGCCAUCCGCCCUUCAAUCUCAGGCAAUCCGACUCACUGGAGCUGAUGAGCUGCAGAAAGAGCUAUAGCGAUGGAGAGCAAGGAACCAAAGGACCGCCUCCAGGAGGAAAAAGUCCGUACGCUGUGGCUUCCAUCACUGAGCAGGACUCAGCUUUAAACUUUGAACAGCUUCCCACAGUUGUUCUCUGCUCUGUGGGGAUGGACAGGGCUGCACAGUAUGUUCAUAACCAGUUGUUGAUUUUUUAAAUGACAUUAUUUCCUUGUCAGUGGUUGAAGCAGAGGGACUUUUGACCAUUAUAGAGGGUAAACUAUCACACAUAAUUAAUACUGUUUUAAGUGUCAUUUUCUUACCUGACAAAUGACGCAGCUCUGAUGUUUUCUAUUCAGUGGAAACAGCAAAAAGUGAGUAAGCAUGUCAGAAAAUGAGACCCAGCAUCAGAAAGAAAUACUAGACUGACUUAACUGUUAUCUUAGGGGCUGCCUUAAUUCUGCCCAGAUUCAAACAACACAAGUUACAUCUACAUGUGACGUGAUGCGACUGUCUUCACUGAACAAAUGGUGCAGCAUUGAUUGCUGAAGGAUUCUGUCACUUGGUUAAUCUUUAGCUUUCAAUCACAGGGAGGGCUUCUUCAUUAAAAUGUCAUUAAAUGGUCAGUACAGAUUCACCAAGCUGAUUGGUUUCAGUAUCAGCGAGAGUUUAUUUAAUAGUACCUAUAAUAGUUAUUAUGGAACCCACGCAACUUCUAGGCAAGACCAGCCCUUCUAUAGCAUUCACACACUGCUAUUGGCCAGGCAUCCGUGCUUACGCAAGGUAAUGUAACCCGAUUUGUUCAGGUCCGCUUGAGGUCAAUGCCUAACUCCAACCAAUCAAGCUGCUUCGUAGGGCGGGACUUGCCUAGAAGUUACGUGGGAUCCUUAAUAACGCACCAAAUGGACAUAAAUAGUUCACAUUUGUGUCAAAGGAUCUAAAUUUGUCUAAAUGUGGAGUUUGAGGCUCCUUGCUAAAUUGUCAUAAAAGUGUCGUCAACCAUUUUCUUUAUUAUCUGUAGAAAUAUUCAUGAUAGCAUUAAAAUGAAUGUGUGUCUACUAGGGCUGCAUGAUAUGAGGAAAUUAUGCAAUAUGCGCUAAUGUUGAAUAUUGCGAAAAUGAUAUUACUUGCGAUAAACUAUUAACAGAUAUUUAAGUGUACUGCUUUCAGUGUUCUGCUUAAAUACAAACAAAUUGCUUUUGGAAUUUAAAACUCAUUCAUACUCCCUCACAUAAAAAUCAUUUCCAACACUCUUUUAUUGAACGAAGUGAACCUUGAAUUGAAUAUAAAAGGCACAACUAAAAAUAAAUGACAGUUACAUUUUAAAGUGCAGUUUUCUACUGAAAGUGUCUUUCGCGAUACGUCGCAGCCUUUUGCGAUGUGUUUAUUGCGCCAGUUGAUAUUGCGAUGACGAUAAAAAAAAUCCCAAUACAUUGUGCAGCCCUAGUGUCUUCUAAGUUCUGAUAGCCAAGGAUUGCAGUUAGUAUAAGACCACUUCACAAAGCUCCUUGCACAAUCAAGGGAAUCCAGGCUAGGAUUUCUGUCCAGUAGUACCCUUUAAGAAAAGACAACGCUGACAUUUUACUAUUUGUGAUUGAUGAUUGAUCAUGAUUUACUGUGUUGAAUUUUUAAAUCAUCAAAAUUAGGUUGGGCAUGCAUCUUUAAAUGAAACUUCCUUGCACUCAUUUCUCUUUAAAAUGACACUUUCUUCAUAUUUCUAUACAUUAUGUCACUGAAAUCACCAUUACAAGAUAUGGUCUAACUGGUACUGAUUUUAGAGGCUGAUACCAGUAAUACAGUAUAGUAUAUACAGAGUUU